AUGAAGAUGAUUCUGUUGGUCGCUUGUUUGUUGCCGCUCUUCCUCUCGAGGAAUUAUGCCCAAGAACAAUCGGUUAAUUAUUACGAGACCAUACCUUCUUGUUUGACCAUUGCGGAGAAAUCCAGUUUAGAUCAAUUAGUGCCCAGGCAAUCAGCUAUACUUUAUACGUUCAGUGAUAAAAAAAACUGCACCAAAGAGGCAAAUUUUCAUCAAAGUCUGAUCAGAUGUACGGGCCAGACCUUUCCCCCAUCAUCACAGUGGUGCCCUCCAGGAACCACCAUCAAAUUGGUGGCGCAGUUCUACAAACACCACCCGUUUUGUUGUCCCGGGACCUUCGAUCCCCUAACUCCACCGCUGGACAUUUCCUCCGCAACAACACUCAGCGUUAAUUAUCAGAGUCCGGAUUACUUGAAAGAAAUUGAAGACUGCUUGAAAGUGGAUAAUUGUUCGGUGAUGUCGAAAAACGCAACUUCAGACCUGGUCGGAUUCGGAUACUGUCCGAACGAAAACACCACAUUCGAUUCGCUGGCUAUAAUCUACCAGUGUCUAGGUUAG